GGAGCGGAGCGGAGCGGCGGUGCAGCGGGGCGGGGUGGCUGGGAAGGGAAGGGAUGGGCUGCGCACCCAGCAUUCACGUCUCGCAUAGCGGUGUGAUAUACUGCCGGGACUCGGAGGAGUCCAACUCCCCCCACCAGACCACCACGAUCUCGCAGGGCACCACCACCCUGCACGGCCUCUUCGUUAAGACAGACGCGGCCGACUCCAUCCCCUCCGUCCUCGCCUACCAGAGCCGGCAGCCACCGCCCUCCGCCGGCCCCCGCCGCAAGGAGCGCAGGGAGUCCGGCGGCGCCUCCGCCCGGUCCAGGACGCCCCACUGCUGCAGCGUCGAGGCGGAGACCCAGACCAGCAGCUCCAGCGCCAAGGCUUCAGCUGCAGAAGUACAGGUUGGGCCCAUGAGACUGACACAAUACCCAAUUCAGGUCUUGCUAAUCUUCGCAAAAGAAGACAACCAAAGCAAUGGUUUCUGGUGGGCUUGUGACAGAGCAGGAUACAGGUGCAAUGUUGCCUGGACUCUGGAAUCAGCACUUGAAUGUUUCCAGGAUAAGCACCAGGAAAUAAUUGUUAUAGAUCACAGGAACUCCAAGUAUUUUGAUGCAGAAGAUAUCUGCAGGUCUAUUCGUGCCACAGAGCUAUCAGAGCAUACUGUAAUACUUGCUGUGGUUCCACGCACAUCUGCUGACCAAGAAGAGACUUCUGUUCUCCCCCUUCUUGAUGCAGGCUUUGAUAGGCAAUUCAAGGAGAACAGCAGCGUAACUGCUUGUUACAAUGAACUGGUUCAAAUAGAACAUGGGGAAGUGCGAUCUCAGUUCAAAUUACGGGCUUGUAAUGCAGUGUUUACGGCAUUAGACCAUUGUCAGGAAGCUGUAGAAAUAACCAGUGAAAAUCAUGUCAUUCAGUAUGUUAAUCCAGCCUUUGAACGGAUGACGGGGUACUGUAAGGGAGAACUUAUUGGCAAGGAGCUUACUGAACUACCUAUAAGUGAUAAAAACUCUGCAGAUCUUUUGGACAACAUAAACACAUUUAUUAAAAAAGGAAAGGAAUGGCAAGGAGUUUACUAUGCAAGAAGGAAAUCAGGAGACAGUAUCCAGCAGCAUGUGAAGAUAACACCUGUGGUCGGUCAAGGAGGGAAAAUAAGACACUUUGUGUCCCUCAAAAGACUGCAUUGUACCAAUGAAAACAACAAACAGCUCUACAAGAGUCACCAUGAGGAUAAGUACACAGGAGACAAUUCCCAGUCAGAAUCUGGUUCUUACAAGUGCAAGAACAGAAGGAAAGACUCAGUUGAUGUUAAGUCAAUAACAUCUCAAAGUAGUGAUGCUCCAAGUUUACAGACCCGACGGUACUCCUCAAUGGCACGGAUUCAUUCUAUGACAAUAGAAGCUCCUAUCACAAAGGUUAUUAACAUAAUUAACGCUGCUCAGGAAAACAGCCCGAUCACAGUAGCAGAGGCCUUGGACAGAGUUCUGGAAAUCCUGCGGACAACAGAGCUUUAUUCCCCUCAGUUAGGUACCAAAGAUGAAGAUCCUCACACAAGUGAUCUUGUUGGAGGUCUGAUGAACGAUGGCUUGAGAAGACUGUCAGGAAAUGAGUAUGUGUUUUCUAAGAAUACGAAUGUGAGCCAUACUCACCCUCCAGUGCCAAACACCAUCAAUGAUGUUCCACCCUGUAUUGCACAGCUCCUAGAUAACGAGGAAAGUUGGGACUUCAAUAUUUUUGAGUUGGAGGCUGUUACAAAUAAAAGGCCAUUAGUGUAUUUGGGCUUAAAAGUUUUUGCCCGGUUUGGGGUCUCUGAGUUUUUAAACUGUUCGGAAGCAACACUGCGGGCAUGGCUGCAGAUCAUUGAAGCCAACUACCAUUCCUCCAACUCAUACCACAACUCCACACAUGCGGCAGAUGUCCUGCAUGCUACUGCCUUCUUUCUCGGGAAGGAGAGAGUUAAGGGAAGUCUGGACCAUCUAGAUGAGGUAGCUGCAUUAAUAGCUGCCACCAUUCAUGAUGUAGACCAUCCUGGACGGACCAACUCUUUCCUGUGCAAUGCAGGCAGUGAAUUAGCUGUCCUUUACAAUGACACAGCGGUAUUAGAGAGUCAUCACACAGCACUGGCAUUUCAGCUUACAACAAAAGACAGCAAAUACAACAUUUUCAAGAAUAUUGAUAGAAAUCGCUACCGGACAUUGCGACAGGCCAUUAUUGACAUGGUUUUGGCAACAGAGAUGACAAAGCACUUUGAGCACGUGAACAAAUUUGUGAACAGUAUCAACAAGCCUAUGGCAUCUGAGGAGACCAGCCCACAUAGCGAAGGCAGCAACACUGAAUGUACAGCCAACAUAAAGAAUUUUCCAGAUAACCAGACACUGAUCAAGCGCAUGAUGAUUAAAUGUGCAGAUGUAGCAAAUCCAUGUCGCCCCCUAGAGCUAUGUAUCGAAUGGGCAGGCAGGAUUUCAGAGGAGUACUUUGCACAGACUGAUGAAGAGAAGAGACAGGGCCUGCCUGUUGUAAUGCCAGUAUUUGACAGAAACACCUGCAGCAUCCCCAAGUCCCAGAUUUCCUUCAUUGAUUAUUUUAUAACAGAUAUGUUUGAUGCAUGGGAUGCACUGUAUUUCUUCUGAGCUGCAGGAACUAAGACCAUCAAUGGCGGCAUGUUAGCAUAAUUUAAUGAAGUCACCAUGCAUUUGGAAAGGGAUUUUCUUGAAAGAGAAACACACAAACACAAAAAAUCUUUCCCCUUUUAGUAUUACUUUAAGGAACUGGAAGAACAAAAGAGAGUAGGAGAAUGCCAAUUUCAGAUCAGGCUGGGCUGUUCUUCUACCUAUUCUAUAAACAUGGAAAAACUCUUUUUCCUAUUCUUUCAGCAUUUGUACAUCUGCCAGUUUUGAUGCAACACUUGGCUAAUAACUACAAACACUGGAAAACACUGGAUGAUUUGAAGUGCAAGAGUCUCAGGCUCCCAUCAGAAAACAACAACUGAUACUCAGUAAAGAAAACCAGACCUCUUGCUCUACCAGUUUCACUGUGAAUCAUUUACAGAAACUCUUGGCUACAAAGGGGAUUAAUGUUGCUUUUCCAGUGAAAUUCUGGACUGUGUGACAAGAAGGAAAUAUUUUAAUCAUUUUUAAGCUUCUAUGACUUCUACAGAAAAAUGUUUUUAGAGGCUAUAUAAACCACAGAUGACUAAGUGCUCUUCGGAAAUAAUAUUUUGUGGCAGAAAAUGUACUUCUGAAACUACUUUCUAAUACUGAAUAUGCACCUGUUGAAUCUUUUAGUUGAUACAACUGUAUUCACUAAUGCUUCACACAACUGUUUUUCAGAGAGAGGUAAUCAAUCUAGUCACCAGGAGAGUAAGAAUAGCCUAACAAAUAAGGAUAGAAACUUCCCACUUAUCUAGCAUAAAUUUGUUCCAAUUCUAUCAAUGUUCUUCAGCUCUAUGAACCAUACUUCUAAAGAGAACGUGCACAGCAAGACAAGUAAAUCUUAAUAAAUUGGAUACAUAAAAAACCCAAACAAACAUGACACCUUUUAAAACACUUUCUUAUUACAGAGACUCUCUCACAGCACCACCUGUUCUUUCUUUUCCAUAUAAAAUCUUCAUAGGAGUCAAUGUUAUCUAAAACUGAUCAUAUCAUACAGGAAAAUAAGCAUGUUCUGUCUAGGUAGUGCCAUCCACAUGGUUCUCUGCCAUCUUACAGAUGUUAUCACAAGUUUUCAUCAAAUUUUACACAAAAAAACCUAUUGUGGCACUUGAUCACCAUACUUUUUUUUAUAAAAAUGGUGUUUGUAAACAUGGUCAUCACUUUUAUUAAACUGAUCUAAAUUUUAUGGCAAGUUCAUUUAUUGUGUUACUUCUAAGAUGAACCUAUCACUUUUUAAAAAAAGUUUCCAGGCUAUAAUUUAUAAAAGCAUUAUAAUUUGUACUGCUUUAUCCUCCUAAUAAAAUGCUGAUUGGUUUUGUGAUGCAAGAAGUACUUUGAAAUAUGUAUAUCAGUUGGAAAUCAAAUACAGUUCUUCAUUAGUUCUAAGAUAUGAAAUUUAUGCUAAGGCUUUCAAAGCACAAAUGUGUAUUUUUGUACAUCUCAUUUUAAUCACAUGCAGAACAUGAGUUUAAAUUUUAGACUAUUCUCAGACUGUUCAGUAAAUAAAUACUAGCAGAACUGCUGAUUUUUAACACUGUGCACUCCAGGCUGCAAGCAAGACUGUCAAAGCUAUGGCUGCAGCUAAAGAAGCAGUCCAUCUAUCCUGUGCUCAAAAAUCAAACUGGGUAAAGGAAAAGGGGAAAAAAAAGCACACAGCAUAGAUUGCUAUGGAAGAAUAGUGACAAUGCUGUUUACUGCAGGUAGCUUACAUAUGUGCCAACCCUUUUUGUAUGUUUUGUACCAAGUUCUGAAACAAAAGGCAACAUUCAUAAAAUGUAUGCGCAGAAGAAUGUAUAGAAGCUAUAUUUUUGUUAGAAUUGUAACAGAUCCUUACUUUUGUCAUAGCCAAAGCAGGUUGCUGUGUAUUAAAAUACUGCAUCGUGUAUAUUUGAAGAUUGGUGUUUCUGGUGAAGCAUGGUUAUUCAUUCUUUCCUAUAAUCUGUGGCAACAUUCUUCAGUGGAUUUUUAUUCAGAGAAGCUUAACCUCUUUUUAAAUACUGUAUACUGUUUGCUUCUACCAUUUCUUGAUUAGAACUAGUGCUCUCUGUGUUUGUACCUUAACUAUUCUGAACGGAACAUUCACUGCAGCUUGCAUUAGAAAACAGAAUUUCCCAAGAUUUAAGCUUUGUUAACUUAAUUUGUUAAAUAUAGCAACAUUGUAAGACCACAUCCAUGUUGUAAAAAAAUUAAUUCAUAAUUUUUGUCACACUUCUGUCACACAGAACAAAAUGUCAACAGUGGAGGCAUCAAAAAAAUAAAGUUCUACUUCUGAACCAGAA